ACAGAUAUGAUAAGCGAUUGUUGUAUCACAAUGACCCGCCCAUUUUUCGAUUACGUUUAGGUGUUUGAUGUUAACUACGUUUUUCAAAAUAAAGCGCAAUGUCACCAUGGGUAGUUGAGCCUCUGGCGACGAACCGCUGAUCUUGACAGUGAAUGAUAAAUGCAACCUUGAUUACUUUCCGUCUCGGCUGCUGAGUAGUGCGGAGCGCAAGCGAAGCGUCAGUAAGACAUCAGAGCUCCAACAAAUUGUAUCCGUGAUUACUUCGGUGGUCAAGAAUAUAAUAUUAAUUUCAUCAUUGUUUGGUUUAAUAAAGUUCAAAUGAACUCUGAAUUAUAAAGGUUCAGUCACUUGUCUUACUAAAAUUAUCUACACUAGCUAAAUAUUCUGAAAAAUAGUAUAACAGCGUUUCUAGAAAAUUAAGAACCAGUCACAAUGACAUCUAUAAUGUUGCUAGCAGCGUACGGCUUAGCUGCGUUGCUUUUUUACGCAUCACUCCUUGUGCUACACCAAUUUACAUACUGGAAGCGUCGCAAAGUCCUUCACCUGGAACUUGUACCGAUUAUCGGUAAUAUGGCGCCAAUUAUGUUCCGGACUUCUUCUUUUCCAAUCCACUCUCAGAAUAUGUACAAGAAGUUUCCAGGAGCGCGUUAUUACGGCUUUUUCGAUCUGCAAAAGCCCUCGGUAAUCAUUAAGGAUCCAGACUUAAUUCGUGAGAUAUUCGUAAAAAGCUUCGACCAUUUCACGGAUCACGAUGCCUUCGUAACAGAAAAAAUGGAUCCGAUCGUGGGUCGUAAUAUUUUUUCUCUAAGAGGACAACGCUGGAAGGAAGUAAGGAAUACAUUGACUCCAAGCUAUACUGCUGCAAGAAUAAAAAUGCUGUUCGCACUUGUCGCUGAAUGUUCGAAAGACUUUGUUCAAUACUUUGUUGAUCAUCCUGAGUUGGCGGAAAACUUUGAAGCCAAAGACGCUAUAACUAGAUACACAAACGACGUAGUAGCUUCUGCUGCAUUUGGAGUAAAGGUUGAUUCAAUGAAGGAUCAGGACAACGAAUUUUAUCUACACGGCAAAGAGGUUACAAAUUUUUCUGCCCUUGCAGCCCUAAAGUUUACAAUCUUGAAAAAUUUUCCAAACAUUAUGAAAUUUUUCGGGACAACUUUUCUUCCAAACGCUACAGACAAAUUUUUCAAGAAGUUAAUUACGAAUACAGUCACAACAAGAAUCGAGAAAGGCAUCACAAGACAAGAUAUGAUGCAACUCUUGAUUCAAGCUAUGAAGAAAGACGACGGCAUUAAAGUGACCAUGGAUGACAUUAUUGGACAAGCUUUCUUCUUCUUCCUAGCUGGCUUCGAGUCCACGUCUUCUGCGAUGUGUUUCGCGCUUCAGGAACUAGCUGCAAAUCCCGAUAUCCAAGACAGACUUCGGCAAGAGAUAGACGAUGAGAUCGAGCAGCAUGGAGGCGAGCUGACCUACGAGUCUUUGGUCAACUUGAAGUACCUCGACAUGGUGAUGAGCGAAACUUUAAGAAAAUACCCUCCAGUAGCUAUUACCAACAGACUCUGCAACAAGGAGUACACGUUUCCACCACUCAUGGAAGGGUAUCCUGAAUACCAGAUGGAGGUGGGAACAAGCAUCCUAAUUUCCAUGUUCGGUUUGCAUCGAGAUCCUAAGUACUUCCCGGAUCCGGAAAAAUUCGAUCCAGAGCGUUUCAACGAUGAAAACAAACACAAGAUCAAUCCGUACACUUACAUGCCGUUCGGUAUCGGACCGCGUCAAUGUAUUGCUAAUCGCUUUGCUUUGAUGGAAGCGAAAAUUGUCAUCAUCGAUAUACUAAGAAAGUUCGUGGUAAAAUUCACCGAAAAGUCACACCAUCCUGUUACACUCAGUAAAAAGACUUUCAUACUGUCAGCAGAAGAGGGAUAUUGGUUUAAGUUUGAAGGACGAAAAAAAGUUGACUGAUUGGUCGUAUUAGUAUUUUUGUAUUAAAAUAACCUACAAACUAUAUAAUAACGAUGUAUAACCGUGUUUUUAUAAAAAGCAAUGUAGUUAUUAUUUUACGAUUAAAUUUUUUUAUCAAAUAAAUAUAACAAUCUAUUUUAAUACUUGAUAAUAAAAGCGUACAAUACUUC